CCUCCAACCCCCUCUCCCCACCCUCUACUGCUGGGUGAAGAAGGCGGAUCCAAGCGGCUCCGGAGGGGAGCGCAACCUGCCGGAGUCGCCAAGCCCCUAACGUCUUCUCGGAACCUGGAGGGGUGCUGAACCGCAGCGGUUGGGCUGCUGCUCCUAAGUCACCAAAGCCGCCGCCUUUUGGGCUGCCCAGGGGGUGGGGUGGGUGGGUGGGUGGGAGGGCGGGGCAGGGCAGCUGGGGCAGCCUCCCCGGGCACAGCGCACCCUCUCCCGGCAAGGCGCAUGGACUGAUCCCGGAACGCAGAGCAGCACCGCACCACACCAGCUGCUGCUCACUGACCGAGUCUUCUCUUGCCCGCGGUUGUGCUCGGGGCUCCGCGUGGUCUUCCAGUCCCCAGCCUCUCCGAGUCUCCCACUCCUCACCCUCCCGCCAUCAACUUUGAAGGCUCCGUGCAGUGUGGGCCACAAGAUUUCCGAGAGCUUUCUUUAUUUCUUCUUUUUCCUGUGCGCCCCUUCCCGCGGGGACCCACCGGGAGUCAGUGCCCAUGGAUGUGAUUUUGGUCCUGUGGGUUUGUCUGAGCGCAACCAGGUCAGUGGUGGGCUUUGGAAUGGACCCUGACCUUCAACUUGACAUUAUCACUGAGCUUGAUCUUGUGAACACGACUGGUGGAGUUACUCAGGUGGCAGGACUUCACAAUACCAGCAAAGCAUUUUUGUUUCAAGAUGUAGAAAGAGAAAUCCAUGCAGCCCCACAUGUGACUGAGAAGUUAAUUCAGCUCUUUCGGAAUAAAAGUGAAUUCACCUUCCUGGCUACUGUACAGCAGAGGCCAUCAACUUCAGGAGUGAUUCUGUCUAUCCGAGAACUCGAGCACAGCUAUUUUGAACUGGAGAGCAGCGGCUUGAGAGAUGAAAUCAGGUAUCACUAUAGAUUUAAUGGGAAAUCAAGGACAGAGGCUUUUCCUUACCGGAUGGCAGAUGGCCAAUGGCACAAGAUUGCACUGUCGGUUAGUGCUUCUCAUCUUCUGCUCCAUGUGGACUGCAACAGGAUUUAUGAGAGAGUAAUAGACCCUCCGGAAACCAACCUUCCCACAGGAAGCAACUUAUGGCUUGGGCAGCGCAACCAAAAACAUGGCUUGCUGAAAGGUAUCAUUCAAGAUGUGAAAAUAAUCUUUAUGCCAAAUGGAUAUAUAACACAAUGUCCUAACCUGAAUCGCACUUGUCCAACCUGCAGUGAUUUCUUAAGCCUGGUGCAAGGGAUAAUGGAUUUGCAAGAGCUUUUGGCCAAAAUGACUGCAAAACUGAAUUAUGCAGAAACAAGGCUCAGUCAGUUGGAAAACUGCCAUUGCGAGAAGACCUGUCAAGUAAAUGGACUGAUCUAUCGAGACCAAGACUCUUGGGUAGAUGAUGAUCAUUGCAGGAAUUGUACAUGUAAAAGUGGAGCAGUAGAAUGCCGGAGAAUGUCCUGUCCCCCUCUGAAUUGCUCUCCUGAUUCACUCCCUGUCCACAUUGGAGGCCAGUGUUGUAAAGCAUGUCGCCCAAAAUGUAUCUAUGGUGGAAAAGUUCUUGCAGAAGGUCAUCGGAUUUUAACCAAGAGCUGUCGAGAAUGUCGAGGUGGAGUUUUAGUAAAAGUGACAGAAGUGUGUCCUCCUUUGAACUGUUCAUCAGAAGAUCAUAUUCUUCCAGAGAACCAGUGCUGUAGUGUCUGCAGAGGCCAUAACUUUUGUGCAGAAGGACCCAAGUGUGGUGAGAAUUCUGAGUGCAAAAACUGGAACACCAAAGCAACCUGUGAAUGCAAGAGUGGUUAUAUCUCUAUCCAAGGAGACUCUGCAUACUGUGAAGAUAUUGAUGAGUGUGCUGCUAAGAUGCAUUAUUGUCAUGCUAACACGGUAUGUGUUAACCUGCCAGGAUCAUAUCGUUGUGACUGUGUCCCAGGAUAUAUCCGUGUGGAUGAUUUCUCAUGUACAGAGCAUGAUGAAUGUGGUAGUGGCCAGCACACCUGUGAUGAGAAUGCAAUCUGCACUAAUACUGUAAGAGGGCAUAGCUGCACCUGCAAGCCUGGAUUUGUGGGGAAUGGAACCAUCUGCAGAGCCUUCUGUGAAGAAGGAUGCCGGUAUGGAGGGACAUGUGUGGCCCCUAACAAAUGCCUCUGUCCAUCUGGAUUCACAGGAAGUCACUGCGAAAAAGAUAUUGAUGAAUGUACAGAGGGAAUCAUUGAGUGCCACAACCAUUCCCGCUGUGUUAACCUGCCAGGGUGGUACCACUGUGAGUGCAGAAGUGGUUUCCAUGACAAUGGAACCUAUUCACUUUCCGGAGAAUCCUGUAUUGACAUCGAUGAAUGUGCCUUAAGGACUCACAGCUGUUGGAAUGAUUCUGCCUGCAUUAACCUGGCUGGUGGUUUUGACUGCCUUUGUCCUUUGGGACCAUCCUGCUCUGGGGACUGUCCCCAUGAAGGUGGCCUGAAGAGAAAUGGACAAGUGUGGACACUGAAAGAAGACCGGUGUUCAGUGUGCUCCUGCAAGGAUGGAAAAAUAUUCUGCCGACGGACCGCUUGUGAUUGUCAGAAUCCAAGUGUUGACCUCUUCUGCUGUCCAGAAUGUGACACUAGAGUCACCAGCCAGUGUUUAGACCAAAAUGGUCACAAACUCUAUCGAAGUGGAGACAACUGGACAUAUAGCUGUCAACAGUGCCGUUGCCUGGAAGGAGAGGUGGACUGUUGGCCACUCACUUGCCCCAGCCUGAGCUGUGAGUACACUGCAAUCUCUGAAGGUGAAUGCUGCCCACGUUGUGUCAGUGACCCCUGCCUGGCAGAUAACAUCGCCUAUGACAUCAGAAAAACCUGUCUAGAUAGCUAUGGUGUGACACGACUUAGUGGUGCUAUCUGGACCAUGGCUGCAUCUCCAUGCACGACCUGUAAAUGCAAGAAUGGAAGUGUCUGCUGUUCUGUGGAUUUAGAAUGUCUUCACAAUAAUUGAAGAAUAUAGCAUGGACUCAUCAGGGUGAAGAAUACAAGGGACACAGCGAUCAUUCAAAAUGAUGAAGUUGGAUGUUUUAUACCACAGACAAUUACCAAAGGCUCCAUCAAAUGAAGAUAUUUGGGAGCUGCCUUUUGGGACCUACCACUAUGCUCAUUCUUGCUAACCUAGUCUAGGUGACUUGCAGUCCAACACAUAUAAGUCUAUGUUUAAAAAAAAAAAAGUCUCCCGUGUUGUAAAUCACCUCUCUCCCCUAUCAGGUCAUUUGAAAACACAUUGAAAUGAUCUCAUGGUAAACUUGGCUGUGUUUUUGGUUUAUUUUGUGUAUUGACAUGAGAAAAACUCACCCCCCCCUUUAUUUCUGGAGCUAGAGUCUAGAUUCUACUAAUAAAGCUUCCUGGUGUGAAUUUUGUCCCAUA